AUGGUAGGAUGCAAUGCAUUCAGAUUCAACUCCGUCAGCACAUGGCAUGGUAUGGAGCAGCGAAAGCGAAGUGGUCCGCAAGAUACUGAAGGUUCCGAGGCGAUCUGGACCCSAGCCUCCCUCUUCAACCACAGCUGUCUGUCCAACGUUCAUCGCUCACACAUCGGCGACAUGAUGGUCGUAAGGGCUGUGAAACCCAUCAAGAAAGGUGAAGAGCUCUUCAUCGCCUAUCUGAAUACCUCCCAAGAAUACCAGCAACGCAAGGCGCUCACAAGCAUGUGGAACUUUGAGUGCUCAUGCAAGAGAUGUCAAGCUGAUGCUGCAUCGGCGGAUCGUAAGCAGCUCGUGGACGAAGCAGACGCGUUUCUCGAUGGAAUAUCUGCCAAUGGCAAGCCCUUGGGACCCGGAGAUCUCAAGGAGGCAAAGCGACGUUUGCAAUCACUUCGUUCGACAUACAGCGGUCCAGCCUACCAAGGCAUCCCGCAUCUUCCUUUGAUCGAUCUCGGACGUUUCUUGGCGGAAGAUCACUUGCUCACGAACAUGACCAAGGCUGAGCAAACAAUUGUUUCGUUGUUCAUGGAUCUAGGCUUCGCACGUGAAGGUUCCARAGGAGAACUCGUCUUCGAUCUUGCAGGCGCGCCCGAGAACCCACAGCAUAGCUUGGAAGUAGCGCUUCUUGCUGCUCGAGUGAUGCACAUGAAAAAGACACCAGCCCACAAGGAGGUCUUCAUCACCCUGAGCAAGCGGCUGUACCUGGUAUCGUAUGGUGCCAUGCACGGCUUCGAAAAUUGUGCGGAUCCGAACGGAACGGGCUGGUUGUCGAAUUUGGAUGCUGCGUACAGAUGA